AUGGCACGAAUCAACUCAAAGUCAUUGUUGAUCCUGCUAUCAAUAUUUCUGUUGUGCUCAGAGUUUGCAUCUGCGGACAUGUCUCCAGCAUGGGGACAGUUCUCAUGCAACAAUAAGGUCUGUGGAAGAAAUGAGAUUUGCUGCCAGCCAUCCGCUGCCCUCUCCCCAACCUGUUUCAACAAGUGUCGUUUCCUCAAGUGUCCAGGUUCAUUGAUCUGUGACGAUUCUCAGGCCUCGCCAAGAUGUGUUAUGGCUCCACCACCCAUUACCACGGCCCCAAUCACAACCUCGGCUCCACUGACAACCUCCCAGGUGACCACCUCCCAGGUUACUACUACUGCGUCCACAACUGUCACUACGACUGCUUCGACCACCAACUUGCAAUCGUCGAUCACUGCCACUACCACAGUCUCGACCACUGCCACCUUGGGCGGUACCUCGUCGUCGCCAACGACCUCUUUCCCAUCGACUACUUCUCAGGUCUCCUCAUCAUCCGAGCCAGCCUCCUCCGAGUCUGCCUCAUCUGAGGCUUCCUCAUCGCAGGGUGCCUCCUCUGAGUCCUCCUCAACACAGCCAGCAUCAUCUGAGUCCUCCUCGUCACAGCAGGCCUCCUCAUCUCAUGCUGGAGAUCAAUCGUCCUCAUCACAGGAACCCCCUUCGACUACCUCGACACCAGCUACUACCUCGACACCAGUUACCACCUCGACACCAGUUACCACCUCUACACCAGUGACUACCUCUACACCAGUUACCACCUCUACACCAGUAACUACCUCGGCCCCAACCACCACUUCCCAGGUAACUUCUCAGCCAACUACCACCUCGCAGGCAACCGCACCAGUGACAUCUACCACCCAGACUAGUGGACAAACUACCGCCACCACUGCCCCAGUCACUUCAACUGGCACCACACCAGCUACCUCCACUGCUCCAGCCACUACUGCCACCACUGAUAUGAGCACCGCCCCAGCUACCACUGCUCCAGCUACCUCUACUGCCCCAGCUACCUCUACUGCCCCAGCUACCACCGCUCCAGCUACCUCUACUGCUCCCGCCACUACUGCCACCACUGACAUGAGCACUGCCCCAGCUACCACCGCUCCAGCUACCUCAACUGCUGCUCCAACCACAACAACUGCUGCUCCAACAACUACUGCUGCUCCAACAACCACUGCUGCUCCAACRACYACUGCYGCUCCAACWACCACUGCCGCACCAACUACCACUGCUGCACCAACUACCACUUCUGCUCCAACUACCAACCACUGCUGCUCCAACAACCACUGCCGCACCAACAACCACUGCUGCACCAACUACCACUGCUGCUCCAACAACCACUGCCGCACCAACAACCACUGCCGCACCAACAACCACUGCUGCACCAACUAC